CGGAGGUGAGGCGUUAGCUCUGCUUUCAAAUCUUGACAUCCUUCCAGGCGAUUCACGACGAGAACAGCCCGCGCCGCUUCCCCAUCGAUUGCGCAACUCCCAAAUCCAGCGGACCACGAGCAGGAAUCAUCAGAGAACCGAUUGAUCGACUUUUGCCCAUUGCAGAGCGAGUGUCGGAUGGGUACCGGGCAGGGUGCUUUGGCCGGCUACGCAGGUGCGCCUGCUCGGGUCUGAAGGAGCUUCUACUUUCUACCAAAGAUCGAGGCCCUCUCUCGACCCUCCGCUUUUCCCACCGCACCUAGAGAGCAGUCCCGCCUUUUUUCUGCCCUCUCUCUAUACAGACGACCAACCCUCAUUUAGUUUCCCACAAUCGCGAUAGCUUCUGCUCCCGACCGUGAAGUUACCAGAAUUGUUGGGUACAUCGAACGCGACUUCGACUUUUUUUGUCAGAACUUCCGACAGUCAACCGCUUCGACCACACUUCCAAGCUCACCAGGCAAAGUCGAAUUAUCGAUUUCGCUCUUUCCAAAGAUGGCGCAACCACAACCCCAGGCACCCCAGGUGUCUCACCCUCCUCAGGUCUCGCCUCACAUGCAGCAAAUGCAGAUGCCGCAACAGCAGCAGCAAAGACCGCCGCAGCAACAACAUUACUCUCCUCCCCAGCAGUCGGCUUCGCCUGCCAACACUCCACAGCCUCAGUACUCGAUUCCGCCGAAUAAGAGACCCCGAACAUCGGUCGAGACCCCGUCGCAACCACAGUCGCAAUACGGUACGCCGACGUAUACUAUGAGUCCACAGGCAGCCGUUGCAUCUCCGAACACUGUUACAUCUCCGAACUACACCAACAUGCCCACUCCGGUUCCCAAUGCGCCGUCGUAUGCCUCUCAGUAUGGUGUGAAUGGACAUUCUGCCGCUUCCCCGGCUCAACAACCAGGCUUGACAUUGCCUGAAAGCCGACCCUCGAUGACUGCCACCCCAACACCGACAACCCCUCUUAUCCCAAGUCUCCCCCACACCCCGCAGCCUCAACAACAUCAGGCUCCGCAAUAUCAGCAACAGCAGCACCAAGUUCCGCAGGCCCAGCAGCUUGGGCAGGUGCAGCCAACCCAACAGCAGCAUGGACAGGCGCACCCGCAACAGCAGGUGCCGGCUCCGCAGUAUCAGCAGGGCCAGCAGUACCAACAGCCGAUGCAGCCCCAACAUGCGCAGUCGGUUCAGCAACCAAUACAGCCCCAACCCGUCCAGCAAGCUCCACAGCAACAGUAUACCAAUGCCACAAUGGCACCGAUUGGUCCCCCUCCCUCCACUCCGGGUGCCAUGUUGCCUCCAUCGAAGCCGGUUACUACGAAGGAAUACGAAUAUGACGUGAGCGAUGCUCUCGCUGGAACAGGCGUGGAUUUGAGGGCCGAGGAACAAUACCUAGCGGAGCUGUAUGGUGGUUCAUUUGCUCAGGAGGCAAGAACCGGCCUGCCAGCCAACGCGCCAGGCAACAAGGGCUCAUUUUAUGGUGCUGGUUCAGCGAAUCAACCAGCUGAGGCCACCGGGCUCAGUCAGGAGCAGUUUGAAGCCGAGGCUGCCAAGCGAGCCUGGGACGAGGCGGCCCAAAGAUUGGCUGUUACCCGAAGCAAUGAGCUCAGGAACCCUUUCUUGAUCGUCCCUAACCUGCAUUAUCGCGCGGACAAAAUUGCGAAGGAGCAUGGGCUCACACUCAAUCUGGAGCUCAAGAACCAGCAGCAAACCAUGGGUAAAAUGCGAACUCCCCAAGAGUUUCCUCAGCCUAAGGUGACAGUGACAUCCAGACACGGCCCUGAUGGCAUGGUUGUCUCUACAAAGGGGUGUUUCAUCCCUCAUGAUGCUUAUUUGGUCGAUCAACUUGCACUCUUGUCGAUCGCCACAAAACACCGUCUGAGAGAACUCCUCGAAGAAGCCAAUGGCAUCGCCAAUAUUCGGCAGACAACUUCUCAUGGCGAGAUCCCCCAAGAGUGGGCUGAUGUUGCCGUACCUUUACGAACCGGUCUUGAUUCCCUUCCCGCCGACACGGCCAACGGCAACCCCCGCAAACGCUCCUUUGAAGCAAUCAGUACCGCCCCGGUGCCAUCCAAGGGUGCCAAGGUGGUCAAGGACCUCAACGCCGCUGUGAGACAGAAUGCCACGUCUGAGCGAGAUCUGGAAGAAGCUCGGCUUCGCAAGCGGCAAAAGCGGUUAAACCCAGAUGCAGCCCAGACCGGAUCUCGCGCAGGUUCCAUCGUUCCUGGUACACCUGGUUCAGUCGCACCCGACGGCGAGGCCGCCAAAGCGCCUUCCAAGAAAGAACUAAAGAAGGGUGCGGCAGCCGCCAGACUAUCCGAGGCAUCCAGCACUGCCAAUGCAAACCAGACCCUGAGCGCUUUGAUGGGCAGUUUUGGGAAGAAAAAGAAGAAGGAAUACAGCUGGAUGACAUCUGGUAGUGGCCCAAGCACACCCCGAGCGACCGGUGGCCAAGAACCAGGCACCCCUGGUUCAGCAGCUGGCAGUAAAGCACAGUCGGAGAAGGCCACACUGACCCAGGAUGGCAAGGCUCCCCGUCUGGGCACCUGGCGGGAGGACAAGGAGAAAGGCAAAAGUAUCCAGCUUCGAGACUGGGUUACAGUCUUGGAGAUGGAUGGUCGCGACAUCAAGGCUGUCCAGGAGGCCUAUGUCAAACUGGAUUCCUCGACGCCCCGAUAGAGAUACGAGACCACGACAUAUCGUACCCUCGACGGCCUGUGUUUAAGCGAUACUCAGGGAUGAGUAGCGAGAAAGAAAGGGGAAAGAUACUUUACCUUUGCGAAUGCCGUCCGUUAUGAGUCGUUGAUUUUAUUUUCAAUUCAUGUAUGGGAACUUGGAGUAGGGAGCGAGGAGCCGGGAAAACAAAAGCUUUAUUUCGUUUCACUCAUACAAGACGAUAAAAUGGUGGGAUCCUUCCUCUUUCUUACACCCCCUCCACCCCGCUGGCGUUUACCUUUUCUUUUCACCCUACAAUUUGUUUAUCGUCUAUUGUAAUUUGUCCUUUCGGCACUUAUAUCACACUAGCCAGGCGUUCUUCACACACGGAGCAGGGGGUGUGGGUUUGUAUAUUUCUCGUUGGUGCGGGUCAGGCAAGGAAAGGGUAGAGAUUCUCGGGCGGGCAGAGGAUGGAUGAUAGGGUGGGUUUGGUCGGGGAGAGAGCAAGGUAUCAUGCGCGUGGCCUAUUCCCCACAGAUGAAGCUCGGAAAGGGAGCUAGCAAAACAGAAGAAUUCAAAAGCUGAUGCAAAUCGUUCAUGUAUGACUCCAGC